UUCAUAGUUUGAAGUAUUCUAUCAGCUGAACCAACUAAGAGACUAAUUAAACCAUUAGGCAACAAAGAAUCCGAGAUUUUAAUCUAGGCAAAUUGCAAGUGGCUCUCUAGCUCCAAGAGCAUAUCCUGCCAGUUCCCUAAAAUAUACAUGCCUUGUAUCUCAUAGGAUGGAUUCCACGAAUAUCUCCUGUCUCGAGCUCAAUCUCCUCGUAUCUCACUAUAGUAUAUUUUAUUCAUUUCGUAUAAAUCGACAACAUAGGAGUAUUUGUAACACAAUCAUGCAUAAUACAAUAUUCAACCCACAUUUAAAACAUCAACCGGCUACAUACAUAAUUAUCCAAGAUAAAGAUAAGACUUUUGUUUUUGCGAAUAUAUUAGGCUUGAUAAUAGCACUCUGAUUAGCAUUUUUUUCCACUAAAUACCGCUAUUAAUUUUGCGAGGCCAAAAUACCGCUAAUUCAUUGAUUGCCACCAAGUUGCCACGUAAAUCACUAGGCAACCAACGGCGCGCUGGGAGGCCGAGGAGGAAGAAAGGGUUUGUAGUGUAACAAGAAAAAAAGAAAGCAACGAAUGAAGGGCUUCUUAUAGAGGAACAGUUGAUGGGCUUAGCAAAACGGCUCAGAAGCCUAUUGAGUGCCAUGUGUUGAAGGCAUGAAGUAGCAUCACCCAGGCCCAUAAUUUAGUCCUCUAUCAGGAGGCGUCGAUCCGCACUAUCAACGGCUGAAGCUUUGGGUGCCGAAAGCAGGAACCUAGCCUUCCGAUGUCACACGGACGGCGCAGAUCGCAGCCACUAGAAAUAGGUAGCCCCGCGGCACCCGUGAGAGCCCUUCCUCGCAAAAACCAUAGAAGACUCGAGCUCUUCGCCUCCGCCGCGCCUCCAGCUCUCUUCCUCUCCGAUCCAAGAUGAAGUACAUCGCUGCCUAUCUGCUUGCUUACCUGUCUGGCAACUCCAGCACAUCCGCGGAGGACUUGACCACCAUUCUGGAGUCUGUUGGUUGUGAAAUUGACAAUGAAAAGAUGGAAUUCAUGCUAUCACAAGUGAAGGGUAAGGAUAUUGUUGAGCUCUUGGCUGCUGGUAGGGAGAAGUUUGCUUCAGUUCCAUCUGGUGGUGGUGGUGUAGCUGUUGCGGCAGCUGCUCCUGCCAGUGGUUGUGCUGGCGCAGCCCCUGCAGCUGAGAAGAAGGUAGAGAAGGUUGAGGAGAAGGAAGAGAGUGAUGAUGACAUGGGCUUCAGUCUGUUCGACUAAGUUGUGGUGCAUAUUUGCAAACCAAGAAUGAAAGAUUACUUAAGUUUUUUUUUCGAAAA